AUGGAUCAUCGUGCAACCCUGGAAAUCGAUAAAAUCCACCCAAAUCGCCAGUCGAGCAUCGCGGAUGAUGAAGAAGAACAAGAUGCUGCGUUUACCAUCGUCAGAGUCCUGGACAAGGUAGCCACUAUCGUAGACAGCGUGCAGGCCAGCCAAAAACGGAUUGAGCAGCGCCACAGAGAAAUGGAAGACGCCAUCAAGACCAUCCAGAUUGACAUUCUAAAGCUGGCUCAGGCCCAUGGCAACACAGGAUACACAGUUAACAAGCUGUUGGAGAAAACACGCAAAGUUAGCGCUCGGGUCAAAGAAGUCAGAGCCCGAGUAGAGAGGCAGAAUGUUAAUGUGCAGAAGGUGGAGACCAAGCAGGAAGAAAUGCUGAGGAAAAACAAGUUUCGUGUUGUCAUUUACCAGGAAGACAUUCAGUGCCCAUCUUCUCUGACCGUUGUCAAAGACCGGACACAAGGGGAAAGCACCGAAGAUGCCUUCUGCCCACCUGAUGAUCUCUCUUCUGAUGAGGAGUAUUACAUAGAAGAAAGCCGAACAGCCCGUUUUAAGAAAUUGGGGAUGAGGCGCAUCAACGUCAUCAAAAAAGCAUUUUCAAGAGAGAACCUUCAGAAAACAAGGCAAAAUUUUGGCAAUAAGGUGGAUAGGCUUCGUACUCGAAUAGUAACACCUGAGAGAAGGGAACGAAUAAGGCAGUCGGGAGAGAGGCUGAGACAGACUGGGAUACGGUUCAAGAAAAACAUUGCCAAUGCAGCACCAACGAAGAAGAAUUUGAAAAAGAACAGGAAAACUACAGAGCAACCUACUGAUGGCCAACAAGGAACUCAAGAAUCCGGCACUGAAACAGCAACAGAAAGUAGGGAAGCCGAACCCACCACCGAGGAAAUUUCCUACACUGAAGUGAUAAUGAAAGUGAAGAAGGACAAAGGGGACGGAUCAAAACACCUUUCUCAGGCAGACGAGAACGCAAUGGUGCCUCCUGAGAAGAACCUGAUCAAACCAGAGAUGAAAGAGGACGCCCUUUUAUUGGAUCUAAAGCAGCCUGUUUAA